ACGUCUCCUCUCUCCCCCAGCACUUAAUUCCCGAACAAAUUCUGUACUGUUUUCCUGUCUUUCGAUUGCUUACAACUAAAAAAACCCUAAAUCCCAAUUCCUACGGCGAAUUUCAGCUUUGAAUUGAAGUGGCAAUACGCGUAUAAAUUAAUUAAGCAGCUUCAAAAUGCCUGAAAAAAACGAAGUGAUAGGCCUGUCAUGGGAACCUAAACUACCCGUGUUUUCAUCUGCAUCCACUUCUACAACUGGUUCUACCAAAACCGGUAAUUCCUCAUCCAGUGCCCUCUACAAACCCAGUUCGGAGCUCAUUGACGGCCUCUUCGUUCCUCCGAACGACCCCAGAAAGCUCAAAAAAUUGUUAAAGAAACAAAUUAAAGACACUGCUGGGAAGGGCUGGUUUGAUAUGCCCGCCCCAGUGAUGACGCCAGAGCUCAAGAAAGAUCUUCAACUGUUGAAGUUGAGGAGUGCCAUAGAUCCAAAAAGGCAUUAUAAGAAGGGUGACUCAAAAUCAAAAACACUUCCCAAGUAUUUCCAGGUGGGCACUGUGAUAGAGUCGGCAGAAGAGUUCUACUCCGGUAGACUUACUAAGAAGGAGAGAAAAGCAACGCUUGCUGAUGAGCUGCUUUCUGAUCGUAACCUUGGCACAUAUAGGAAACGCAAGGUCCGAGAGAUCGAAGAAGUGAAUCGGCCAGGUGGGGUGGCCAAGUGGAAGAGAAAUGGCGGGAAGCGGAGCAAGCAUACAAUGGCUGGAAAGAAAAAAAGGCACUGAUAGCUUAGUUCUCAGUCAGAACCAUCCAUAAGACAUAGGUCCUGAAGAUCCGCCACCACUUGCAUGGAGAUUGGAGUAAAUUGCUUCAAGUCAACAAUUUUUGACCUUUUUUCAGAAUGAUUCGCAGUGAGACCUCGGCAAGUGUUUUAUAUUGUAAUAUUAACAGUUAACAUGAGAUUCAUAUUUGAACAAAAGACAAGCAAACUGAAGUGGGAAAAUAACUGAAAUUUCUUCUGUUUAAACCACUUACUCGGUUGGAUGAAUUAAGUUACAUGUAUGGUUGGGAAAAUCAUUCCUUUAGUUCA